AUGGUGUACUCUCGUCGGGCCUCCCACGCCAACAGUUGGUAUGAGGGCUCGGCAAAGGUGCUGAAGGCAACAGUGGACGAUCUUUUUGAGAGGGCCAAAGACUUUCAACUGGGUGGUGAUGAGACACUUAUCGGCAUCAUCUCGCCGCACGCCGGUAUCAGUUACUCCGGCCCAACCGCAGCGCACGUGUAUAAAGCCCUGCGUAAUUAUAUCUACGGACCCAAAGGGAACAACGUCACUCACAUCUUUUUGCUGGGCCCGGACCAUCAUAAAGGGUUUGACGGGGUGGAAAUGUCUGGUGCGCAGCAGUACGAAACUCCUUUUGGUGCGCUUUCCAUCGAUACGUCAGUCGUCUCGAGUGUUUUUCAAUCACUCAAAGCGGCUGGUGUACAAACAACACGCAUGUCACAGUCCACUGACGAGGAAGAGCACUCUAUUGAGAUGCAGCUGCCUUUCAUCUCACAUAUUCUUUACCACCCCCCUGCCGGAUUGACAGGAGCGAAGAAUCGAAUUCAACUUGUUCCAAUGCUUGUUGGUUGGACAGACCGUAAGACGGAAGAACGCAUUGGUGCCGUCCUUUCAUCCUAUUCUCAGGAUUCACACAAUAUAUUUGUGCUAAGCUCCGAUUUCUGCCAUUGGGGAUCAAGGUUCCAAUACAAGUAUCACUAUCAAAAGUCGGAGUAUCCUGCAAUUGCCGAUGCCAUUAUCGCCAUGGACCAUGAGGGAAUGGAAUGGCUGGAAAAGCGAGACAUGAACGGUUGGUAUGACUAUCUCAACAAGACACAUAACACCAUUUGCGGUCGUCGGCCCAUUUCCAUAGGCAUGGAAGCCGUAAAAAAUGAUAGAUCGACAACUGUGCGCUUUUUACACUACUCACAGUCAAACCGCUGUGCGAGCCUUUCAGACUCCUCAGUGAGCUACGCCAGUGCUCUCAUCACGCAUCGUUGA